CUAUGAUGUAAACCAAUGGCUGACACAAUAAUAUUAUGUUUUAUAUUUGGAAUGGAUACGGCAUCUUACAGAGAUAUUUACACAUAUCACCAGUGAAUUUAUUGUACGCAAGAGUGGCGUCUAGCUGGUGUGCUUUGUAAGAAAUUGAGCUCCUCUUCAGCUUAAGCCGUCAUUGUUUAUAAUGUUUACCGUCUAGAUCUUAAAUCUAGUAAGAGUGCAGAGUUAGGUUUUUUUGCCAUUUUUGGUUGAAAAAAAAAACGAAAGUCAAAAAGUAAAAAUAAAUGCAUAGAUUUAGAUCUAUAAAAACAAAGCUUCACUUCUGCAACAAGUAACAAGCCUAUUUUCUAAAUAUAAGAAAUAGUCACCAUCUAUAAUAAUUACCAUCAAUUAAAAGAUAUUUGAAAAUGACAGUCACAACAUCAGCCGACGGUUUGGUAAAUAAAAAUGAGCAGAGUGAAACAAAGGAACCAGAAUUACACAGGCUGUCUUCAACAGUAGAUGCCCCUCCAAAAGAAAAAUCCAUGCCAGAAGAGGAAGAGAAUAGAGAAGGUAGAGAAGCCAGAAGAAGCAGUGAAGAUAGUUCCAACAGAUGUGGGUAUGGGCGAUGGCGUCCCCAGUUUUUGCAGACCUUCAACUCCCCCAAUUGUCUUGUUUUCUUUAUGGGAGUCUAUUCUCUUGUUUUAGGUUUUGAAGUUAAUGGGGUCCAAAAUGUGAACGUCUCCUCCAUAGAAAGAAGAUAUGAUCUAGACAGUACCAAUCUAGGAUUUGUAUCCAGCGCUUACGAUGUGUCAGCAGCCAUGUUAGCUGUCGUCAUUGGUUACAUAGGGUCAGGCAGGCGGAAGCCACGCAUGCUCUCUAUCACUAUCCUCUUCUCAGCCAUUGGUUCGUUUUGUAUGGCCGUGCCGCACUUCACCGCUGGGCAGUACACGCUAGGGAUGGCCCCGGAGAAGAUCUGCGUCCUGGGCGCCAGCACCACAGCCAACUGCACCAAUGUCCCUCAUUCCUCCCCGCUUAGUAACUACUUGUACGUGUUUCUAUUCUCCCAACUACUCCACGGAAUCGGCGGCACUACGCUCUUCACUGUUGGAAUAUCUUUAAUGGAUGACAGCGUUGUGCCUCAGAAAACACCCCUCUUCCUAGGGAUUAUCUACGGGUGUAAUAUUUUAGGCUCGGGUCUAGGAUACAUUAUCGGUGGACAGCUGCUUAAUAUAUAUGUUGAUUUCGACACGCUCGACUCCAUUAAGCUUACUCCAAAAGAUCCCCGCUGGCUAGGCGCCUGGUGGCUUGGACCAACAAUUGCAGCAGUUCUUCAACUGGUUGUGUACGUACCCAUAUCUUUAUACGGCUCGGAGCUACCUGGAACACAGGAUAUCAGACAAAACCGGAAACCGGAAGCUCACGCUGUGGCCUCCGGCCUGUCGUCAAAGUUCAAGAACAACAAAUUUAUGGCCACCACCAUGACCGUGUUGAGAAACCCCUGCUUUGUGUUCGUCACACUGGGCAUGACCACCGAGGCAAUGUUUAUGUCUGGGUCUGCUGCCUUCCUGCCAAAGUUUAUUGAGAAUCAGUAUGGGAUUCCAGCCUCGCGGGCUGCCGUCUUCGCAGGUAUUGCUGUGGUCCCUGCAGCUGUGUGUGGACUUGUGAUGGGUGGUUUCAUUGCCAAAAAGUUCAACUUCACCAUCACCCAAGCACUCAAGUACAUGAUUGUUACUGGCUCCUUGUCAGUUUUAAGCUGUGCUGUUGUGUGGAUCCGGUGUGAGCAUAGCAGUAUAUAUGGUGUCUCAAUUCCUUACAUCAGUGGGUCAACUGGGAACUACCCCAUCAAACUGGACACCACAUGCAACAGUCUGUGCAACUGUGACACAGAUGCCUUUGAGCCUGUCUGCAACAAGGACACCAGUUUAUAUUUCUCACCCUGUUAUGCUGGCUGUAUCAAACAAACUGGGAAUGACUUCCAUAACUGCUCCUGCAUUGAUGCCAUCAAUAUGAGAAAUGACAUCGGCAGCCAGAUCAGUAAAACUCUUGGCUCUGAGAACUGUCGCAAGUCCUGCCCUCUGCUCUUUGUGUUUGUCAUCCUGCUGUUCUUUGCUAUGUGUAUCUCCUUCAUGCCUAUAGCACCCUGUGAUGCCGUACAACUUAGAUGUGUUCAUGAAGAUCAUAAAGUUUAUGCUCAAGGAAUUAAAACCCUCAUAGUUCGGAUGCUAGGGUCUUUCAUGGGUCCAGUCCUAAUGGGCAAGCUGCUUGAUCUAACCUGCGACACCUGGCGCGAGAAGUGCGGACAGAGGCUAUCCUGCUGGCUGUACGACCCAGAUCACCUGGUGACUGGUGUCUAUGUCUACUCCAUCUCCCUCAAAGGCCUGUCUGUCAUCUUCAGCUCGCUGGCUCUCAAGUUUUAUCGCCCUCCACCUAGCACCGAGCUUGUGGUCGCUUUCAAUGUAACAAGCCCAUCGCCAGCUGAUGGUGAACAGGAUGAAACAUACCAGAAUGAUGAAGCUGUCAUUGAAGAAAACCAAGUGAAACCAAUGCUAAGUGAAGUGGUCAGACAGCACAGCUACAGCUCAGUGUAACUUUAAAAAUGGAGGCAGUCUUAGACAAGGUCAUCAGACAGGCAGUUUCAACAGACAAGCAGAUCCGACAGGAGAAGGUGAUACCCCCCAUCUGCUCAGGAAUUAUUUUUUAUUGGCUCUAUUGCUGUUUGUCAUCUUGGUUAGCCUGCUGAAAAUCCAGCAUUUGUAGUUAGCAUUUUUUUUUAUCCAGCCUGUCUGAAGUGUGGUGUCUGUUGUUGUAGCUCUCCGAACUGUUUUCAAGGAUUUCACUCAUUUCUACAGCUAUCAUCAAGUCAGUAUUUUUCAUUGUCCUCAUAGUAAAAAACGAAAAAAUCUUUACUCCAUUUUAAAGCUGUAGGCAAUGUUCAAUAUUCCAUCUAAAAAUUAGGAUUGUGGUAAAUCUGUUUAAUUUAUCUCAGUGGCUUUUUCUAUAGACAAUAUUUGGGUGGUAGUAGGUGGUAUAUUUGGGUAAUAGGUUUAUUCAAAAUUUGGGUGGUAGUUUACAUGAUAUUUUGGCUGUAGUUUACAAAAAAUCUGGGUGGUAGUUUGUACAAAGGUUUUGGGUGUAAGGUUACACUAAAUUUGGGUGAUAGUUUACGUGAAAUUUGGGUGUAAGUUUACAUACAUUUUGAGUGGUUGUUUACAUACACUUUGGGUGGUAGAUCACAUAAAAUUUGGGUAGUAUUUUAUAUAUUUGUUAGGUAGUUUACAUUUUAGCUUGGUAUUUAAAAAAAAUUUGGGUGGUAAUUUACAAAACAAUUAGGGUGGUAUUAUUUUGUUAUAAGAUUACUGAAAAUGGCAUUGACUUAACAUUUUUUCUAUUGUUUUAUAUUACGUGGUGUGUACAAAGUUUGAUAUGGGACUAAGGUUAAAAAAUUUUUUUUAUCAACUAACAACUUAUAUAAAUUGUAACAGUUUUAAUUUUCAUUUACUUAAGAUAUUAAUUUAUCUUUGUUUUUUGUUUUUUUUUUUGUAUAAAGAUUUUUAUAUUUUAAAAGUUAACAUCAUUUCUAGACAGAUAAUCUAUAUUUUAAGAACAAUUUUUGCUGGAAUCUCAUUAUGGAAUAAAUAAUACAUUUUUAUUAUGUUCUUUAAAUUUCAAUUGAUUUGGUACAGUCACAUUAUAAAACUAAAAUGUUUUUCAGUAAUGAAAUUUAUUUGGUACCGUCACUUAUAAAAGGAAAGUAUUUUUCCUGUAAUUAGAUUGAUUUGGUACAGUCACGUUAUAAAAGAAAAAUAUGUAAACUAAAUUGAUUUGGUACAGUCAUGUUAUAAAAGAAAAGUAUUUUUCCUGUAACUAGGUCGAUUUGGUACACAGUCACAUUAUAAAAGAAAAAUAUUUUUCACGAAACAAAAUUGAUUUGGUAGAGUCACAAUAUAAAAAAAAUUUCAUAUAAAUAAAUUACAAUGGUGAUUUACUUGGUUUAACAAAAAAAUAAUUUUCCUCCAUUUUUUUCAAUAUCACCCCCCCCCCCC